GGCAAAAUUCAACCUACAUUAUCCAAAAUUUUAAAUACUCUCUCAAAAUUCCAUAUAAAUACCACUGCAACACCAAUCUACAAAUCAUCAACACAAAAAUUGUUAGUAAACAGUCAAACUCAAUUCAAUCUUGAAAUAAAGAAAAUGGGUAAAGAUAUCGAGGUCGGAGCCACCGGCGAGUACGGCGGCGGCAAGGACUACCAAGAUCCUCCGCCGGCGCCCUUGAUCGACGUGGAGGAGCUGGGAAAGUGGUCAUUUUACAGAGCCAUCAUCGCUGAAUUCGUCGCAACCCUUCUGUUCCUCUACGUCACUGUCCUCACCGUCAUCGGUUACAAGAGCCAGAGCGCCGCCGACGAGUGCGGCGGCGUUGGCAUUCUCGGCAUCGCCUGGGCCUUCGGCGGCAUGAUCUUUAUCCUCGUUUACUGCACCGCCGGAAUUUCCGGUGGGCACAUAAAUCCGGCGGUGACAUUCGGGCUUCUGCUGGCCCGAAAGGUGUCAUUGGUUCGGGCCGUGCUGUACAUGGCGGCGCAGUGCUUAGGCGCCGUGUGCGGGUGCGGGCUGGUGAAGGCGUUCCAGAAGGCGUACUACGUCAACUACGGCGGCGGCGCCAAUGAGCUCGCCGAUGGGUACAGCACCGGCACCGGCGUCGCGGCCGAGAUCAUCGGAACAUUUGUCCUCGUCUACACUGUCUUCGCCGCCACCGACCCCAAGAGGAAUGCCAGAGACUCCCACGUUCCGGUUUUGGCGCCACUUCCAAUUGGAUUUGCAGUUUUUAUGGUUCACUUAGCGACCAUCCCGAUCACGGGUACGGGCAUCAACCCGGCCCGAAGUUUCGGAGCCGCAGUCAUUUAUGGCAAAGACAAAGCCUGGGAUGAUCAAUGGAUUUUUUGGGUGGGGCCCUUCGUCGGAGCAGCCAUCGCUGCAAUCUACCAUCAGUUCGUUCUUCGGGCCGGAGCAGUAAAAUCUUUUGGAUCGUUCAAGAGCUCUGCUUAUUGAGAAUCAUUUUCUGAGUGGGGAUUAAAUUAAUCCUUCAAGAUUGGAUUUUCUGGUAGAGAAAUUGUAAAUUAUUAAGUAUUCGUGGUGUGCUGUUUGGCAAACGGGCCCUUGUUUUAAGAGCCCGACCCGUCUGUUUCGGGCCUAUGUUUUGAGUUUGGAUUGCUGCUCUGUUUAUGAGAAUUAAUUAAUGUUAUUGCUAGUUGCAACCUAUUUAAAAA